GCCAAGCAAGGAAGGGUGCACUGGUGGUACUACUCGACUGUGCGCUUUGCGCAAGUUAGCUUUUGCUCAGAAUCGAUAAAAGUUUAAUAAGCGUUUGUUCUUAUCAAGCGUGUAUUUUGAUCUUGAUAGGAAGAUAUGGCAUCGAUUGAGAAGGAAAAGGGAAUGUCAAUAUUUUUGGAUGUGUUUCGACGGGCAGACAAAAAUGACGACAACUGUCUGUCAUGGGAUGAGUUUCGAUCUUUCUUCACUGAUGGCGUACUGACCUCCAGUGAACUGGACACGCUGUUUCAUGAGAUUGAUACCCAUAACACCACAAACAUUGACACUGGAGAACUCUGCACAUACUUCUCAAAGCAUCUUGGACCUUACAGGGAGAUAUUUGCCGCACUGGAGGACAUCAAUAGCUCCGUGUCCACAGCUCUGCAAACAACUGCCACGGAGUAUCCGGAGAAGAACUUCCAGGACCAGUUUUGCGUUCGCUUCCUCUUAAAGGAAGUCCAGACCCAGUUGGCAGCACUGCUAGGGACCAUUGGUGCAGCAUCGGACCACUUGGAAGAGGAAGCAGUGAAGAACAGUGAUGAUGACGAAGGUAACACAAGGUCUGGGCAGACUCAGGUUCACUUUGACGAACCCCCUGUCAGCACCAAGGCUGGCUGGCUAGCUCGGCGUGCCAAACGACAGCUGUCAACCCAGACAAGCAUUCCUUUUGACAGUGCAAGCAUGAAUGCUUUCUUCACCCAGGUGAACCGCCUUCAGGAGAUGCUGGACAAGCUUGAGAACAGAGUGACCCUUGACCCUGUGGAUGAAGAGAUUGUCAAAGAUGACAGCAACAUGCUAAUGUUGGUGGCCAGGAAGCUGUGCGUGCUGGAGUCUGAGGACAAGCCCUUCCGAUCCACUCUGAGGACCUACGUGGAGGCAGCUGCCAAAAACGACGGAUGCCUCAACCUGAGUGUGAGAUCCUAUUCUGGGACGAGCAAUUUUGUCCUGUAUGAAAUGUGGGACUCGGAGGAGUCUUGGAAGAACCAUUUUGGAUCCAAUGUUUCCAAGGCAUUUCGCCACAGCAAUGUGGAUCAUUUGGAGAAACCUGAGGAGAUGUCCAACUUGGCAAUACCAGCAUCUUGGAUCUCAGACUCCUCGCCCACGUGUGUCAUCUCUGGUACAGCCUAAUGUCACGUCUGCCACGUGUGUAUGCAUGCCAUAGAUGUGCGUCAUCAGAGUUAUUUUUAUUAGUUAUCGCACAAGUGCGAGUGGAACACAGAAAAGAGUACCAAAGUGUGAUGUCACUGUGAACCAGAAAGUGUCGUGCAAACGAAUGGAGUACGCGCGCGUGUUG